UCCUGCGGCCCCGCCCGUCCGAGUGACCCUGCACUGAAGGAUCUGCACGGAGCAACCCGGAAGUGAUUGUGAUGCGCAGCCGCACAGUCCUCGAGCUCGACUCUCUUUUCCAGUUGGCGUGGUUUGCGUGUAGGCCGUCUGCUGUUCGGUGGUCUGCACCAUGAGCGUCCCGGCGUUCAUCGACAUCAGUGAAGAAGAUCAGGCUGCUGAGCUUCGAGCUUACCUGAAAUCUAAAGGAGCUGAAAUUUCAGAAGAGAACUCAGAAGGUGGACUUCAUGUAGAUUUAGCGCAAAUUAUUGAAGCCUGUGAUGUAUGCCUGAAAGAUGAUGAUAAAGAUGUUGAAAGUGUGAUGAACAGUGUGGUGUCCCUCCUAUUGAUUCUGGAACCAGAUAAGCAAGAAGCUCUGAUUGAAAGCCUGUGUGAAAAGCUUGUCAAAUUUCGGGAAGGUGAACGCCCAUCACUGAGACUGCAAUUGCUAAGCAACCUCUUCCAUGGGAUGGAUAAGAAUACUCCUGUAAGGUAUACAGUAUACUGUAGCCUCAUUAAAGUAGCAGCAUCUUGUGGGGCCAUCCAGUAUAUUCCAACUGAGCUGGAUCAAGUUAGAAAAUGGAUUUCUGACUGGAACCUCACCACUGAGAAAAAACACACCCUUUUAAGGCUACUUUAUGAGGCACUUGUGGAUUGUAAGAAAAGUGAUGCUGCUUCAAAAGUGAUGGUGGAAUUGCUGGGAAGUUACACAGAGGACAAUGCUUCCCAGGCUCGAGUUGAUGCCCACAGGUGUAUUGUACGUGCUUUGAAAGAUCCAAAUGCAUUUCUUUUUGACCAUCUUCUUACUUUAAAACCAGUCAAGUUUUUGGAAGGGGAGCUUAUUCAUGAUCUUUUAACCAUUUUUGUGAGUGCUAAAUUGGCAUCAUAUGUCAAAUUUUAUCAGAACAACAAAGACUUCAUUGAUUCACUUGGCCUGGUACAUGAGCAGAAUAUGGCAAAAAUGAGACUGCUUACUUUUAUGGGGAUGGCCGUGGAAAAUAAAGAAAUUACUUUUGACACAAUGCAACAAGAACUUCAGAUUGGAGCUGAUGAUGUUGAAGCAUUUGUUAUUGAUGCAGUACGAACUAAAAUGGUCUACUGCAAAAUUGAUCAGACCCAGAGAAAAGUAGUUGUCAGUCAUAGCACACAUCGGACAUUUGGAAAACAACAGUGGCAACAACUGUAUGACACACUUAAUGCUUGGAAACAAAACUUGAACAAAGUGAAAAACAGCCUUUUGAGUCUUUCUGAUACCUGAAUUUUUAUGCUAUGUGAUUUUGUUGCUCUUCGGAAAAAUUAAGUCAUAGUAAAACAUUAUUAACUUAAAUUUGAUUAUCUGGACAAUUGUUUGAAAAUUAAAAAAACCUGAGCAUAUACAAAUAAAUUACAAAGGUCACUAUAUCUUUUACAGUACAUAAGGUGUGUUCUAUAAGGAAGGGAUAUAUAGGUGUCAUAGAGCUUUGAUCAAAGGAUAUAUGGAGGAAAAGCAAAUUCAAGGGGAACUGGAUGCCAACAACAAACUGCAAUCUUAGCUAUCUUAGAUGAAACAUUAAAGCAAACUUAGCAAUAUAUUUUCAUCACAUCAGAAAAAGUUGGAAAAGUGAGUAAAACUAUAAAGCAUCUAUAGAUAUAACAUUUUGUUCCAGUCAAAACCACAUCAGCAUUUCACCAGGGAAAGCAUUUAUCAUCAAUGUUAUUUUAAUCUGUUAUUUUUUCCAACAUCUCUUCUGCUUUUCUUUUACUAGUUUGGUUGUCAUUUUCUAAGCUUAGUAACUUUUCUAUUUCAUUUAUUUGAUUUGUUAGCAGGCUCUGCCAGUCAUCAGCAACAGUAGAAGAUGUGGUCUAAUCAGUAGUAUCUUCAACCUUAACUGCCUGCAGAUAGCUUCGUAGCAGAGUUGGUUUCAGAGGCUUUGUUUUCACCUAGGAAAAAUUAAGUCAUAGUAAACAACAAACAUGUUAUACGACUGAAAUUAUUACUCACUUUUUAAACAGUCAUCAACAAAAAACUUAAAGAAAAUCCUUAAAUCCUCUGCAAUUAUGAAUAUGUUAUAAAGCCACCAUUUUCUUGGCUAAUUCCAACAACUACUGGAGUAAUUUUGGCACCAAAAACUGUAAAAUGUUAAUUUGUAGGCUUAAAGAUCCCAAAUAUAUUCCAGAAACACCACAUUUUCUAAAAGGUGUUGAACUUACACUGAAAGAAAAUAUAUUAAAAACAAUGCAGAUAAACAUCUGUUUUGUCUUCUACUCCCUUCCCUUCCCAAACAUGUCUAUGUUUUGUAUCUUCUAUCAAAGCCAUAGAAAAACUGCCAUUUACUUGAUGUUUCCUCUCAUGCUUCAGAGCACCAUUGUUGGAGAAACAGGAAAGAGCUAUGAAUUAUUUGGAAGUUGGCCUGUUUCCAAGGCACUGCACUAGGUCAUAUUUAUAAUACUGUGUCUAAAAAAAGUUUUCAUUUUAAGGUUUUUUCCCUGAUAAUUUGGAAAAUAGAAGAAUAAAGAAACUAAAAAUCACUGGAAUCCACUAUCCAGAGAGACCUGUCAAUAUUUUGGUAUCAUUUACUACUAGCCUUUUUCCCCUGAUAUUUUGACAUUCUAUAGAAUUUUGUAUCUUGGUUUUUUUCUCCUGUGAGUUGUUUCCUAGGUCAAAAUACCUCCAUUAUGGAUGUGUGAUACUUUUUUUCCCAAUUUAACCCUAUAAGAAAAUUAAUUUGAGUUUAUUUCUUGAAAAAAUCCUAGAUGGUCUUCUCAAGAUUCCCUGAUAAAAUCUGCUGUUAAAAGGGAAUACUGUAUUUUUAGAAAUACAGAGCAGGAUAAGAAUAACACUACAAUUAUAUAAGAUUCCAACCAUUAAACAUUUUGAUGUAAACAUUCGAAACUCUUCUGCCAUAUAUACACUUAAAAUCUGGAUCAUAUUUAUAUAAUUUUCUAUGCUACAUUAAAAACAUUUUAGCAUUUCCCUUUACUCUUAAAAGUCUGUUUAAGAACAUGGCUCCACCAUACUCCAUAUAUAUACAUAUUAUAUAUGUCACAAAAUACUGCUGUUACCGUUAGGCUAAAUUGAAUUUCACUUGUUCAUAAGUCUUUGUGGAGAUCUUUGCUGCCUUGCAUUCAAAUCUUUUCUAAAUUGGUAAAAGUGGGAACUUUAUGACAUUGUGAUUUUCAAAGAGAUUAUAUAGUAACUGCUUUUAGAGUGAGCUUAAAUGUUUGUAUUUUUAACCUUAGUUCCUUCAGGAUUGCUCUGUUUGGCACCUGAGAAUUCUCUAGUCAGCCACCAGUCCCUUCAAAGUCUUAACCUCUGAUCCUGUGGCUGAUGCUGUGUUCAUACCUAUCGGGCUAUCUAGGUUCUUAUGAAGUUAGCAGAUAAAUAUCAGCAUGAGCCCUCCAAGGCUUUUGGCAAAUUACUUAACUUUGGAUUCAGCUUUCUCAUCAGCUCCUUUUAGUUACAAAAUGCUUUUACUAUAAAGAGUAACUGGGUAAUGAAUAAAAAUGUGCAUAAACAAGUAUCUCAACAUACCUCAUUUAGCUCACAGGGCCAAAAUGAAUCUUAAGUUAUCCAUGCAAUAUUGAGAAAUAGAUACAGAAAGAAAAAAAACUAAAGUUGCUACUGAUUUUGAAGUGAAUGGAUAAUGUGAAUGAUUUAACGGUCCUGUUUUGCCAUAAAAAUGCUUGAAGCAUUUUGGUGCAUUUUACUUAUACCAAGUACAAAUUUGCCUGAUUUUCCAAAAUCCUGAUUCUUUGACUUUUUUAUCUUAAUGGUGAUGGAAAAUGAGACAUUUACACAUUCUUGGUUUAUUAGUUUCCCAGUAAUAACUACCUCCUUGGUGGAAGGGGCUGGAGCAGGAAUUUGCUAAACAGAGAAAUAAGACAUAAUGUAAAUUAAAGCCUACACUUACAAACUUGUCCUGUUUAGCUUAAUUGAAGUUUUGAAGCCCAUAGCAGUCAUUGUAAUUCCAAACGUAUUCACAUAUUUCAUUAUCUUCUACCUCUUCCUUCUGGCUGACUCCAAAGAUCUACUCUUUGGCCUAAAAUUCCUCCUAGCCUGACACUAGUCCUUUCUCUUUCAGCCUGAGGUUACAUUAAAAUUUAUCUUUUUUCACUCAUUGGGUGUGUAAAAUACAUGGCUUGCUUUGCUUUCCUAGGGCUUCUCCCAUUCUCAUUCCCGAGUAUCAUCAAGAUUGGAGCAGGCUUUCAACCUAAUCCUCUCCAAGAACAAAAAAAACCCUCCCCCAUUCAGGUAGAUUAGCUUUUAAUACAGGUAUCCCCUGCUUUUUCAAAGUUUGCAUCAUGCCACCUUGAUUUUACUAAAGACUUGUUUUAGCUAACUGAGGGAAAUCUGAAGAGAAUGUCUGCUUUUAUGAAAAAAAGGUGAAAAGCAAAAGUAGUGUUCCUAGUUAUUUCACAGUUGGCUGUUACAGUAGCAGUGCAUACCCUGAGCAGUAAGAGUGACCUCACCAAGCUCCUUCCUUGGCAGGUACCCUUAAGCCUUUCAGCAUCUAGCUGCCACUCGGAACUGUAUCUAUUAGCAUUUUUGCUUUAUUUUUAUUUGAUUUUGUGCAUCCAUUAGCAAGAUGUGUUCUUGGGUAUCAAAAACCUACAAAAAGUUUUUUGGGUCUGAGAAUGCUAGACAAAUUGUCCAAAUGAUAAUUGCUUCUUGCUUCUUCCCUCACACUGGGCUUACAAAAGGUUUCAUAGGAAUACUCUACUUUCAUAUAGGGAAACCUGUAUCUAACUCAGAAUUUAACAGGUUUGGUAUGAAGAGUAUGCACAAUAAUAUGUUGAAAAAUAUACAGAAUGUCUAUUAUGGCUAUACAUCUUCAUAAAAUUCACUUGCCUUCAUUUAGAACAAGGGUUGACGAACCUUUUUUGUACAGAGCCAGAAGUAAAUAUUUUUGGCUUUGUGGGCCAAAUGGCUUCCCUCACAACUGCUAAAGUCCACCACUGCAACACAAAGACAGCUAUAGACAAUAAAAUCAAUGUGUGGCUCUAAUCAAGUUUUACUCUAACAACAAGCAGUGGGCUGACUCUGGCCCACCAGCUGCCAUUUGAAAGCCCCUGAUGGUAAAGUACUGAAAAGCAAGUAAACAGGCUUCAUAGAAUAGACUGUCGUAAUUUUAUCCAAGGAUAACAGCACUUUCAGUAGGCUAGGCAAAAGAAUAGAUAAUGCUUUUAAAUGUGUCCUACAUUAGGAGUUAAUUGGUAAUCAAACUUCAGCUGGACAAUGAUACUUAGCAUAGUGCUUGGCACAUAGUAAUAAGCACUUAGAAAAUGUCUAGUUAGCCAGUGAGCUGAGUUUGUUUAACAUGCACCAAUGUUUUGAGAAGAAACAUUUUUUUCUUUUUGGAAAUAGAGAAAGUAUAUAGCAUUUGACUAAGGGCCAUGAUUUCUAGUUUUAAGUCUAUCACAGAUUGUCUCAAUGAUUCUGGAAAGUUGUUUCACAUUUGUGUCACUGCUUCCUCAUCUGUAAAGUAGAUACACCUUACAGACCUGCUGUGGAAAUACUUUUUAAAAGUUUUAAGUUCUAUAAAUUCUUGAAAACAUUAAUUGCAGGAAGAGCAUUAGGAAUUAGACACAAGAAUUUUCCUAUUGGAUUAAUUAUAAAAAUGGGCUUGAAAAGGAGAUACGAAAUUUCCAUCAUACCUUUAAACUGUUGGGAAACAGGACAAUUAUAAGUGUUAGUCCACAUAAUUAAAGUGGGAAUCUAGCUUUGAUACUCUCAAGCUUCCUUUUUACUUGAUUCUAUGACCUUUCCAAUUGCCCAAGAUCAGAACUUCGAUUCCCCAAUGCCAGAUUUAUAAUACUUUAGUGGUACACAGUUGGAUGCAUCAAGCUGCAACUAUUAUUGCUGAACUCAGUUAUGGAAAAGUGAAGGUAGAUCUUGAUCUUUGUUUCAACUCUCCCAGAGAUUGUAUUUAUACUAUCACACUUGAGAUUUCUCCUAUGUAGAAAGGAAAAUAAAAUAUAUUGUUAAAAGCUGUUACUUGUUAAGGCUAUGUUAGUACUAGAAUUUUCACUUUAUAUGUACUGAUGAGAAGAGUUGUUUAAUGUGCCCCUCUAAAAUUAAAAAUUCCUAGUGACUAAAAUC